ACGGGGAACUUACUUUUGUCGGAGCACGUGGUCCAGGCUUCGCGCCGUUUGAGUCUCGUGCGGCUUUUCAGGGAAGCGAUGGAAUUUUAAGGACUGACUACAACAACAUCGGAGGUUCUUACUGCAAUUAACAACGAAAGAUUUGUCUUAGCCGGGCUUUUAUAUAUUCUCUAUCGCAAUCCAUAUUAUUUGACUAGCUUAGCCGACCGCCUACGGCAGCGAAGCGGGGCGGCGGGGCGAUAAACAACGCGAGCCACUCGGAUAGGGGCGAUAGGGGCGUUCCCUGGCGUUCCGCCAGGGGCUGGAAUGGCGCUGUAGUCAGCGGCGAAACUUGGUUUCAGGAAAGUCCCGAAGGUCCCGAAGCCGAACACUGGUCCCGAAUGAGGAAGUUAGCACUUGACGACACAGUGGUUGACGAUGCCUCCGCAACAACGCCCGGCGCUGCCGCCCGAUGCCUUACCGACGGUCUUCCAAUGCCGCUGGCAACUCUGGAGAUUCGCCUUGAGCCACCACUUUCCAGAGAUCUCCACGGCCAAGGAAGCAUACCGCUUUCUCAACGACAUCGGUGCCUACGCCAAUCUGCCCCGGUUUUUCAAGCCGUGUACGAAAAGCGACGGCCAGUCGUGUCAUCUGCUGGACCAGCUCGACAUCUGGAACCAUGUUCUGCAAGAGGUGGGCAUGCUGCUUGAGGAAGUGGCUCCAGAGACACUCAGCGUCGCUCCACAGUGCAGGGCUUCUGACGGCCUCGCAACGGGAUGGGUGCUCCAUCCGUUGGAAAGGAGCACCCCUCCCAAUGGAUGGGUGCUCCUUCACUGGCUCUUCAAGGAACAUCGCUGCAUUGCGAACCUACAGCUCUUCAGUCCCAACGAACGUUCCCAGCUCCCUCUGGGCGACGCACUGAGCCAGAACUCUGGACUGAGGACGCUGACGCUGAGUUAUGAGACAAGCGAAGAAGAGCUCGAGAUUAUCUACUCCACCAUAAGACGUUGGACAAUGCUAGAAAGCUUGAACAUCUGUGGACUGGCGCUGUCCAAUGACACUGCGCUGCUACUGGAAACCUCCCUGGAGAGGCUACCGUCGCUGAGGUCUCUGGAUGUAUCUUUCUGGAGCAUGGCUCCUGCCUGCGAUGCUGAGCUGCUUAAGGGUGUGUUCGAGAGGAUGUCGGCAAUGAUAUUGCUCUCCUUGUCCUACACGUUCACACCGCCAGACGUUGAAUUGGUGCUCCGCUGCCUGGGACCCGGUCUGUCCAAGCUCAGCAUGGGUGAGAGUUGUCCGCUACCCCCGGAAGGAACGGUCUUCCAAGAAUUUCUUACUGGCAACACCGUCUUGAAGAACCUGACCCUGGUCCAAAAGAUGCGGCCCUGGUCCAAAAGAAUGGGCAAGCUCGAUAAUGUUUUCAAUGGUCUUCUUCUAAAUCAUAACCUCGAGGAACUGCACCUUUCGGGCUUUGGCCUCGAAAAUCCCACGAUGGAACUGCUUGCAGAAGCUGUGGCGGGGCACAGCACGCUGAAGAUAUUGGAGGUAUUUUCUUUUGACGAGUGCUGGAAGAUGGAUGGUACGCCGCUUGCAAAGAUGCUGGGUCAGAACAAGAGCCUUCAAGAACUAAACUUCCAAGUGGGCGAAGUUGCCUGCUACGGUGCAUUCGCCGAGGCAGUUCGCAAGAACACCACGCUGAAGAAGCUGUCUCUCAACCUUGUCCAGUUAGACGACUUGGCUGAAAUCUUUGUCUACAGAGGGUUUCUGGAGGCACUGUCGUGCAAUGGAACGAUCCAGCAGGUCACGCUGGGAAGCAUUUACUCUGUUUUAGCCAGCCAGUUCAGCGAGCUUCUCCGUGAGACUGGGACUGAGAGAAGGGUGACCUUUGAAGUCGACUUUUCAAAUGCCGAUUUGUUUACUGAGGCUCUGGAGAAAUGCUCAGGACUCGCCAAAAUGAGAUACUCGGACUGCUACUCCGAAAUCCCUGUGCCCCCAAGUGCAUAUCGGCACCUCGUGCGCUAUUACUACCUCGAGCGCCUAGACAUCACCCUCUUUCAUCACCCGAUGGAUGAUGAGGCAGCGACUUCCCUGGCUGAAUUUCUUGCAUCUACCAGAACCCUGCAGUCUGUCCAUCUCCGAUUCCACACUUCACCGGCGGCCACACAUGCACUCUUAAACAGCAUCUCGUGCAACAGGAGCAUCUCAAGAUUGCACAUAUCGACCUGGACUUUCAACGAACUGAACGCCAACCUGUUGUGGCAGAUCUUGAGGAACAGCGACGUUCUCAACUACAUCUGGCUGUGGCUUGACUGUAACAGCGAUUUCCAGGCAAUGGACCAGUUUCCUGAACGUCUGCUAGACAACCACAGCCUGCUCUCUGCACAUUAUAUGCACUGUCAAGGUCCCGAGUCGAAAGUCAGGGACGUGAUGCGGCGGAACUUGUCGACUCUGUACCGUGCGGUGAUGUUUGUGAUGGGUUCGCGUGGGAGGCGCUAUGCCGAGGCCUUUGAGCGCGUCUCGAAGAGCCCAGCUUUGGUCAGGGAAGUGCAGAAGUAUGCCUCCGAAUCCAAGGAAGAUGCCAAGGAACGGGUCAGGUGUGCCAAAGUAUACCUGAACCAGCACUUCAUGGUGGCAGCUGGUGUUGUCAAGGACGCUGUUACGUGCACCGGGAAUGGACGACUCCAGCUGGAUCAGAUUGGCUUGGACAGCUGGCUCCACAUCCGACGCUACCUCAAGGUGGCCGAUAUCAAGGAACCCACUGACCAGCCAUCAUCGUCCCGUCACCUCUAUGAGAGGUGUCGAUCGAGGCGUUAGAUGGGUAAAUUCCUUGUGGCUCUUUUUUUAUAAUUUUUAUUCAAAA